GAACGCGCCGCGGCAGUUCGCAGCCCGCGACCCGUGGAGCAGGAGGUGUGAGUGUGCGGAGGAGCUUCGAGAGUGGAGAGGUGCUCGCAGGCCCCGCACUCAAGUGACUUAAGUGAGUGAGUGCAGUAAGUGUGUGUGCGACUGUCGCCAAAGCUCUGGAUUACUAAAGUGAUGCAUCUAGUGACUUAAGUGCUUAAAGACAUAUUCGCGCAAUGAUGGUUUAUCCUGACCCGCAGUGGACGUGUCCUUCCACCACGCCAAUGUUACAACUCUACGAUGAGUCCUAUCGAGUCAACGUGGUGGAAGCGCUGCAGGAGUUCUGGCAGAUGAAGCAAGCCCGCGGGGCGGAUCUACGCAAUGGUGCGUUGGUCAUCUAUGAAUCCGUACCGUCCAACACCCAACCAUACGUCUGCUAUGUUACUCUACCAGGCGGCUCCUGUUUUGGGAGUUUUCAGAAUUGUCCCACAAAGGCCGAGGCACGUCGGAGUGCCGCCAAGAUCGCGUUGAUGAACUCCGUCUUCAAUGAGCAUCCAUCCCGACGUAUCUCCGAUGAUUUCAUUGAAAAAGUCGUAGGUGAAGCAAGAUCCACCCUCAAAUCCACAUCCAAUACUUCAUCAGAAGACACUUCGGAUGAAGGUGAUCCCAAUCGGGGAAUAGGCGCGUUUCGCUUCAUGUUGGAAGCUAACAAAGGAAGAACAAUGCUGGAGUUCCAGGAGUUGAUGACAGUCUUCCAACUGCUUCAUUGGAAUGGGAGUUUAAAAGCCAUGAGGGAACGACAAUGUAGUCGACAGGAGGUUGUAGCUCAUUACUCCAACAGAGCUUUGGAUGAUGACAUGAGAUCUCAGAUGGCUCUGGAUUGGAUCGCCCGUGAGCAGGAGACUUCCGGAGCCCUGCGAAGGGAACUCACCCAAGCGGAAAGAGAACUGGAAGCUGCUAGAUUGGCUGGAAGGGAGUUAAGAUUCCCCAAGGAGAAGAAAGACAUUCUUGUGCUUGCGCAUAGUCAGCUUAAUGUCAGUUGAAUGAAGUGUGGACCUGGAGGUUCGUGUGAUACCAGCGCCAAAUGAAGAAACAAUGCAUUUCUUUUUUCUUUAGCUGAUAAGUGAGACUGCACGACGAAACUAAUGCAAGUGGUUGGUGUGUGUGUGUUCGUGGAGUUUUGAGCGUUUGCGACACCACAAAGACAAAGCGAGAGCGUGCACGCAAGAAACACGUUACUGCGCCUGCUUGCGCUGCGCCGGUGAAGAAAGAAGUGCAGACGAAACAGCAGCCACGCUGCCGGCUGUUGCGUUGUUGAUUCUUGGCUGUUGCCGCUUGACGAACGCCGGCUGCCGCGCGCUUCUUCUUCUUCUUCGCUGCACGCGGCCCCGCUUCGGGUCAUGGGAAGAACGCGGGUCGUCGGAAGUCGGCCAUUCUUAAAUCAACGCAUUGUCCGCGACGCGAAUGAUAGAUGUGUGUGCGAGCGAAUGUUCGUUUUGUUUUUGAAGCGAUCUCAUAGAUGUUUAAUUUACUGCAUUGCUGCAUAAUUUAUUAUAUCGAUUUCGAUUUUUUUUUUACUUUCUUACUUCGUAUGAUAGUUUAACGGCGUGUACAGACUUUAAUCGCUAUGUAUAUAACACUUUUUUGAUUGAUUUAUUGACGUACGCAUGUGAUGCGCUAUUAUUUAAUAAAAAAACACUUUAAACAUU